GGCGGGAAAUGCUGGGUGGCCGUUAGGAUGUCUCGGAAAUAGAGCUUGCCUGUUGGGUUGCUGCCGUUUUGCGGAUAAAGAAUCCUCAUGAAGGAAAUUUCGAAGAUGCUCGGUUUCUCCAACAUACAUUGCUAUUUUCUUGAUAUACUGACGAACAAAUGAUAGAUCACGUUUUUGGAAGGCGGUCGACUAAGCUCCGCAGGGCUCAGGUCUUGGUGGUCUUGGUGGUCAUUUCGUUUGGAUUUCUUUAUCUCCUCAAGGGAAACGAACAUGGACCUUCCUUCAUCAGCAAGUUUUCAUCCUAUCCUACGGGGACGGUGACCGUCUGGAAGGUGGCUGUUGCACUGCUUCUCUGGCUAUACUUCUGCCGGAACUUCGCAACAAUCACUGACCUCGAAUGACCCGAGCCC